CAGAACCUUUCAUUUUUCCAGUAACAGCGAAGAUCGCUUUAUUGGUUGAAGAAUAAUAAAGUUAUUGUCACAGUGUAGAUUAUAAAAUUGGGAUGAAGGCAGAUCCGUGAAGAAGACAUUAAUGCGCCGCUCGGCGAGGAGCACUGUAAACACCUAGAAAUCCCAUCACUGUCUUUUUUCUACCUCGGAUUACUUUCCUGGCACUUCAGCUGCUGCAGCGCGCCGCCUUCCUGCAUCACAAAGAUCAUCACAAGACACCGGCCAUAGUUGAGGAGCCCAUAUUGCGGCUCUUAACCCACUUCCCGAAAGGGGAGGAGGCGCUGCAAAGAGGCGUCGUGAAUAACACAGAACAGGCUCCGCAGAGACACCCAGCAACGGUCGGUCAGGUAACGUGAGAAGGCGGCUCUGCGAAAGGGCAGCGUGACCCGGACGGCUCUUCGGGCGCCCCUCUUUUAAAGGAAACACCUGGGAGCGGAUGAUGGGAACGCGGCUGUCUGGCAGUUCGAAGAGCUUCCGCCAGAAGCCAUAAUAGGCGAAAGAAGGCAGGCAGGCAGGCGAGGCCCGUUGCCGAGGAAGAAUGAGCUCUGCCGGCCCGUCUAAGGCUAAGGAAGCGGAGGAAGCAACAGCAGGACAGAUGCGGGAGACGUCGGCUGAAGGGAACUCCAGUUACAGCCCCAGGCCGCUGCCGCCGCCGCCAUCAUCCCCCGAUGAAAAGCUGGGAAUGGGGCUCUGCGGCCAGUGUCAGGCCUGGCUUCUGUCCCCGCUGGAUGAUGUGCGCUACCUCAUCGCCUGCACUAACUGGUACUAGCGGCUGCCGGGGGGCGGGGGGCCCACUUGCCGUGACCGGCAGCCAGAAUAAAGAACAGGCCAAGUGCAUAAACCUGAAAAAAGUGCCGUGAUCUCCCCCUGAGGAGCUCAGCCAUGACUCUUUUGGCAGGCCCUGGCUCUCUUCUCUGCGAUUAAAGAACUGGGAAAACAGUUUUCUUGUUUCCAUCGCUUGUGUUUUAUUUUGUGUGGCAAAUGGUUGUUUAAAUAGGGCUUCCCUUGCUUGCUGUUUAAAGUGUUUUGUUUAAUGUUAUGGGUACUGUUAUAUCGUUUGUAGGGACAAACCAGAUAGGAUAGCUGCAAGAUACAUACUUGUCUAGUCAUGUGUGGAAUGUGUUUACCAUGUGUAUUAAUUAGUCCACCACCGUGUGGGGGCAAUGCACCAGUAAGUAGGCAUGCACAUAUGUGCACCAGCUGUAGAUGCAGGUGGACUGUCUCACAUGCUGAAUGGAGUGGUAUGUGGUGGGACAUUUGCUUUAGCCGUAUGUGACAUAUCUGAAGAAUCUUUUUGUCCAGGAAGACAAGAAGGAGUCCUAAGGAGCCCUAACCCUUUCCUAAGUACUUUAGAUGUUUCCAAAAGCAGGUGGAUUGGAUCCAGAUCAGACAUUAUGGGAAAGUUGUGGCCAUUUACAGUAGACACAGGAUUCCAACUGGAAGAAAGAAAAGUCAGAAAGGCAAUUUUCAUGUAUUCCCUUUUCCCGUGCUACAGCUCCUUUCCUUUCCCUUUCUUUUCUUUGUGACCUCUCAUAUUGUUCUCUAGGGUAUUGGCCCUUUAAGAUCACAUAACAGUGGGAAUGAGAAACAGUAGAACUCCAACUUUUGAAAAUAUGGAACUCUUACAACUUGCUUAGAACUCUUGCAUUCUUAGAGGACAACCACAUAUUCCUUAGAAAACAAGUACUGAAAGAAACUGGAGAUAAGUUAGGCGCUAUACUAUGUUUUUCAGAAUAAUCAGUGGAGGCCAGAUUGAGUGUACCUAAUGGGUACUGUACUAUAAGCAAACAAAGUUUACAAUAAAGAUCAGGCAAAGUUUAUAAUUAAUAUGUCAAUAUUAGCUUCUUUGAAUGUGUGUCAGAGAUGAACAGAGAUACCCACUUGCAUUCAUUUUCCUUAAAAAGAAUGUAUCAUUGUAAGAUUUAUGCUGUUGAAAAUUAUGGUUGGAAAAAAAAAGUAACUGUUUCAAGCUGGGGUGGAGGGAAAACAACCUGAUCCUGUAGGUGCAUUAUAUACCACUGCCUCCUCUCCAGUUUUCUCCUUUAAUUUUAAAAGUUGUUGAACCUUUUGUUACUUUGCUGUGUCUUCCUGCUGUUACUGGCACAUAUCACUAAGGUAAAUUUUCUGCUCUUUAACGUUCAGCAAGUAGUACUGGGGCAGGGUAGGUAACUUCAGGUUUGUCCACCACUUUAAAAAUAUUAGCCAUAACCAGUGGGUGAUAGAGAGUUUCUCCCGUUCCCGACAAAACUGUUAAAAAAAAAAAAGCACUGGAUUAAGAAAGUGUGCGUUCCUUCAGUUUUGAGAGAGAGCCGACGGUCCCUUUAAGAAGGCAGUUCCUCGGGCCUUUUUCUUUGUGCCGAUUGGGGCGAUCUCAAGAAGCAACGUGUUCCUGUCAUGGCAGCCGCUUCGAGUUGCUCUUCCUUGAAUAGAACUCAGUAGGAAGAAAAGUGCCUUUUUAUUUUCUUGUCUCCGGCCCGGGGGAAAUGCUGUGACUGAUGCAUUUAAAGAGACCUGCAACUGGUCUCGUCUUCUGCUUGUUCUACUUGGCUUCUUAUUUCACCAACAAGUAUGUCCUGUCUGUCCUGAAAUUUACCUACCCUACUCUUUUCCAAGGAUGGCAGACAUUAGUCGGGGGAUGUCUCCUACACAUUUCCUGGAAGAUUGGCUGGGUAGAAAUCAGUAGCAUUUCAAGGUCUGAAGUCCUGUCGUGGCUUCCAGCGUCUGCACUUUAUGUGGGCAUUAUUUAUUCAGGUUCCAGGGCAUUGUCCAGAUUGCCAAUUCCUAUCUUUCUUACUUUACACAAUGCUGCAGAAAUUCUAACGUAUGGAAUCGAAGCAUUUGUGCAGAAAGAGGAAAUCUCCGCUCUUAAAAUCUGUAGAGUGCUGAUUCUUCUGGUAGCAUCAGGGUGCCUUCCAAUACAUGACCCACAGUUUGAGACAUAUGGCUAUUUUUGGACUCUCGUACAUUUGCUAUGUGUUGGGGCCUACAAAGCAUAUCACAAGACAUGGAAGCCUAGUUCUCUAAGUAUCUCAGAAGAACAAUAUAUAAACUAUGCAUUCAGUGUGAUGAUAUUGGCUUUUGCAUCCCACCCAACAGGUGAUCUCUUCAGUGCCUUGGAAUUUCCAUUCCUGUUUUUUUACAGCUUUCACGGCAGUUGCUUUGCCAGUGGAAUUUUGGGAUUCCUUCUGACAUUUUACACAAUGAAACUUAAAAACAACACAUCCUCAGGACAAUAUGUGAUUUGGAGUUUCCUUGCAAAGGUCAUCACAACUGCUUUAUCUCCCUUCUUCUUUGAGUUUGCAGUGAAUGUACCCACCAUCUGUUGCCUUUUGCUUGGUGGAUUUGCUGAGGUUUUACUGCUUUACACAGAAAUGUCUGGUACAUGACUCUGGAGGUAAAGGAAGCAGCAGAAGAAAAUAACCUUUGUAAGAGAAGAACAUCAAUGUCUAAGAAAACCUGUGAAUAAAUGACAAAAGUAACAGCAGCUACAGUGAUGAUGUGCUGGCAAACAAAUUUCAUAUAAUGCAUUCCUAUGCAUGUUUACUGAGACAUAAAUCCCAUUAUUCUAAUGAGACUUCAUGGUUAAUAUAUAUAAGAUUGCAGCUUAAAAUCCAUGUGCUUCUUUCUUUGGUGACAUAAAGUGCUAUACACAGGAAUGUGAGGUUUGAUUAGCCAUUAUAUCAACUAUGCUUCAGCGUAGGAUCUCCACUAAGUCGGGAUAUUUUCCAUUUGCUUAUACUCAGAUGUUUUCUCAACUCCCCAUUCAAAAUACAAUGGCCAUUCCUUCAUCACAAAAUGGAAUACAGAACCAUAUUCUGCCUUAAGGACUAAAACAAGCAAACUCAUCUGUCUCUGACCAAUAGCUGGGGUGGCAAUAUUAGCCUAGAUCACAGGGCAGUGCUUGCUCCUUCCCCGUGCACAGGCUGAAACUAGUCCAGUUAAAUAUAGAGAAGCAAAGGCACACGGGAGGUUUGGAUUAUCGUGAGAUAGGCCCAUAGCAUGGAAACAUUGCUAUUUUGGCCUAUAUAUUACAGAAUCCCUUAGCCUACAUGGCUAGAACCUAUUCUCACACACUAUUGCUGCUUCCUAUGUUAUUGGAGCAGUGUGGGAUGAAUCUAAAGGGAAAUCAGAGCCUGGAUUACUACUGCCAGAAAUCUUACAUGGGGUGGUUGGAGGAUUCUGAGAGUGGUAGUCUAAAAAAGUAAAGUUUCCCUGUUGGUGAGGAAGCUCCUGGUAGGUACUAUCAGAACGAGCCUGUCAAAUGAACAUCUGAGACAGUGAAGUGACACUGGACUUUUAAAAUAAAGUGUUUUUUUUUUCUGUUGAUGCUCCAUUAUAAUCUCUGUGUAGACCAAGGAUGGGAAACCUCAUGGGUUCAGACUGCUGGUGAACUACAACUCCCAGCAUUCUUCUCCCUUGGUCAGUUUGGCAGGAUUUAAGGGAACGCGAGUCUUCUGACAAAUGGAGGACCACCCAUUCCCCAUCUGAGUCUGAAGAGGCAUAAGGCAAAGU